AUGCGGGCAGUGGCGGAAGAACAGAAGCAAGAGUAUGCUGCCCUACACGAGAAACUAGUCGAAAAAGUGGAGGAAAAUAAACGACUUCAAGGCAAAUUGAUACGUUUACGGGAAGAUGCGCAAAACAAGCUGGAAAUGGCCUCAAAAGACAUGGCUGACUGUAUUCGAGAUCGAGACGAAAGCCUAGUUGGUUUAAAGUUGAAAGUACGACAACUCGAAAUGGAGCUAUCUUCAAGUCAAAAGGAAUUGGAAAUUAAGGUAUAGUA